GUUGAUAUGAUGACAAUUACGAGUGGUUUCUCGUAUGCUGAGACUGAGGAUGUGCAAGUGCUUGAGCUACCAUAUAAAGAUCCUGAAACGUUCAUGUACGUAUUCCUACCUACUGAACGUUUCGGACUGAGGCAAUUCGAGAAGUCGAUGAAUGGCGAGAAAAUCAUGCAGUUGAUGAACGGAUGCAUGCCAAGGAAUAAAAUUAUCGUAAGCGAAUGA